AUGUUAAAAGAAGCUUUAAAAUGGGUUGCUGAUCAUACAGGAAUUUCAUGGGUUUUAGGAAAACUUUCAUCAGGUUGGAAAUGGUUAUUUAGUAGUAAAACAGAUGCUACUGAAAAUUCUGUUCCAAAGCAGUCAGAACCCGCAAAACAACACACAGAACCAUUACAAACUCCCGUUCAUGGAGUUGAUAACUUUCUUGAAGUUAAGGAUAAACGUUUGUACUUAAAUUUAACAAAGGAAAAUUUUGAAGAAUGUAAAAAUUAUCAUAAUUCUAAUAGUGUAUUUUUUAAUAAAGAGUAUGGCAGAAAUAAAUUUCGUAUGUAUAUCAAGCAUGAUGAAAAAGAGUUGUGCAUUAUUGGUAGUCCUGAUAGUGAAAAUUGUAGAAUAGAUAUAGACUUGAUAAUAGAAAGGAAUAACAGUGUAAAUGAAGGUACAGAGGUCCGUUUUUCCAUUCACAAAGCUGGUAAUGUACAACUCUCUCAUGGGAUAGGCGUUACAGCAAUAUCCAAGAAAAAUGAUCGUGGUGAAUAUAUACACAACGGCAGCAUCCUCAAUAUGGUAGAAACAGCACUACAAAGAAAGGUUGCAGUAAAGGUAUCUAGUGAACAAUCAGUAGCUCAAACUGUAGCGCCAGAGCAACCAAAGAAGGAACAACCUACAGAACAAAAUAAUGCACCGGUUGUAGAUCAAACUACAACGCCAGGGCAACAACCUAAAGUCAAUGAACCUGUUGUAAAUCAAACUACAACGCCAGAGCAACCUAAGGCUCAAGGAGCAGGAGAUCACACUCUUUUGCCUGAUAUUUGUUACUUUAUAGAUGAGAAUGAUAACUUGGUAUUAAGUAUGACAAGUGAAAGAUAUCAAGAGCUCAAGGGUUCUACAUGUCUGUAUAUCAAGAGUGGUGAAGUUGAACAUCGCUUUACUGUAACUGGAGAUUAUAUCUAUUAUGAAAAUAGCGACAACUAUAGUGUGCCUGUAACUUCAAUAGUAAAAAUCGAAAAUGGUGUGCUAUAUGAGUCUCAGAAUAUUGUAGAAGAUGUGAAAAAACUCCUGGAACCAGGAAAAGUAAUAUUUAUAGAAAGUAUUAGUACAACAUACAGCGGCAAAUCCCUUCGCGUAGUGCAAUGCCCUCCUCAACCACAGCAAAACGGAGGGCCAGAGGCAGAUACAACGUCUGAUUCAAUGACAGCAAGUACUGUAAGCGUAUACUCUGAUGCUCAAUCAACACUUGGUUCAACUGAUGCUUCAGAAACACUUAGUUUCACUGAUGCUCAAUCGACAAGAGACUCUGAAUAUGACUCUGAUACAACUAUUACAAACGAUAGCUUGUCUACGACGAUGAAACCUAGCGCAGGCAAAGAUUUCUUUCAGGCUUUUGCUUUAGUUAAUCAAAGAAAAGAAGCAGAAGCUCCACAAGCAAAUAUUAUUCCGUGUAAUGUAAAUCGCCUUAUAUUUGAUAAUAAUAACUUGGUAUUUAGUAUAGCAAGUACGCAUCUUGCAAUGUGUAAAGGUUAUCUGAAUCCUGCGAAUAAGGCAGAGCAUCUUCUCUUUAUACAGUGCGGAAAAAAAGAAUAUCGCAUUACUGGUACCCUCGUUGGAUAUAACGUAACCAUAAAUUCAAUAGUGGAAAUGGAGAAUGGCAUGGAAAAAGGUGAGAUUCUUUGCCCUGCUAAUGACAUGGAAAGUAUCAAAGCAAAACUUGGAUUAUUAUCAAGUGACUGGGUAAUUGUAGAUAGCGUUGCAAGAUAUCCCACUGCUUCUCAACCACAGCAAAAUGAAGAAUCUGAAGAAGAAAGAUUUGUGGUUCGACGGGCAACCGCUAAAGAAAUUGCUGCGGGUAGAGCUGCGCGUGCAGCUGCUUUGAAUGGAGGGUUUAAUUCAAUGACAGCAAGUACUGCAACUGUAGUAGAAGAUUUAUUGUCUAAAACAUGCGGCGAAAAACCAGACUCAUUGAUUAAUCAAACAACAACAAAAAAAGAAGUUGUUGCAGGUGAAAAAUCUCUCUGA